AUGUAUGAAGAAGCACACCCUGUUCGGGUCGAUUGCUCCGGACCCCGCAGUGGCCAUGCCAGCAGGCCGCCGCCCGGCCACCAGGGCGAUUCACGCGGGCGUGUCCGCCGGGGAAACGACGCUCCUGACAAGUUGCAAGAAGGGUUGGAAACGCCUUCAGACGAUUACGAAGAAGCCGAGGCAGUGAGGCGUUACGCAACGUACGCCCAUACAGAUCGAACUUAUCCGGGUGGAGCAAGCGGCCACCGUGGUGUCUGUGGCUUCCUCCGCUCCCACCGCAGCUGUCUGGCCGCCGGCAUCGCCGUGCUGCUGAGCCUAGUCUCUGUGGGACUCGCUCCGCUGACGUUUCUCAAUAAAGAGGAAAUGUCUCAACUGGCCACCACUGUUGACGGCUUGCAGCGUGACGUGGACAACAUUUUCCAACAGUCUACCGCCGUAGAUGCCGAAAUUUCCAAUCUUUCCACCACUGUUGACGCCUUGAAGCGCGAUCUGGCGAGUAACAAGCGAGACCGAGCUGAUGUUUUGCAGCGUCUUGGCGAGAUGAGUAAUGCUCUGUCCGUCCUGGGCCUCCCGGAGAAAGGGGACCCAAGGGGCCACCUGGACGUCCUGGGCCUCCCGGAAAAAUGGGGCCCAAGGGGCCAGCUGGCCCUGUGUCUCCUUCCGGAGAGAAAGUGGCCAUGGGGCCAGUCGGGCCUGUGUCUGCAGGGCCUCCUGGCCCACCUGGGCCUCCCGGAGAGAAAGGGGCCAUGGGGCCAGUCGGGCCUGUGUCUGUCGGACCUCCUGGUCCACCUGGCCCUCCAGGACAGAAGGGGGCCAUGGGGCCAGUUGGGCCUCGGUCUGUCGUGCCUCCUGGGCCUCCCGGAGAACAGGGACCCAUGGGGCCAGCUGGACCUUUGUCUGCUGGGCCUUAUGGCUCUACUGCAGAGAAGGGCCCUGUGGGGCAAGCUGGUCUCAUCGGUCCUACAGUCAACACGGACAGGUGCUAAACACGUUUACUUCAAAAUGGCGACCGACGGAGGCGACACGAAAACCGACUCGAACAUUCCGACUUGCGGCGUGUGUCUGGAAGAGUUACGGCGCCACAGGCUGCUCCCGUGUGGACAUGAGUGUUGUAUGAAGUGCUUGGAAUACUGGGAGCAGGACGGGAGAAGUCCCCUGCUCUGUCCUACCUGUCGGCAGGUGGUGUACCUACCGCCCGAAGGGAUAGCCGGUCUCAUGAAGCCCCUCUGGGUCGGAAACUGCCAUCGCUUGACGUCACGUACUACAGAUGAUAAGAACGCUUCCGGGCCCGGGAAGGGAACCACUUGCCGCCAACACGUGAAAUGUGGGCUAACGUGGUUCUGCAGUGCCUGUGAGAGAACCGUCUGCAGAGAGUGCGUGACGACGGAACACGCCAAACAUCCUGUCAGCCACAUAGCCAAGCUGGUGGAGAGGAAGAAGCAAGAGGCGCUAGGACUCGUCGAAAGGGGGAGCGAGAAAGCCGCCGCUCUGCAAGCUCGCCUCCGCUACCUGGCCGCUUGCCGGUACGAACUUGAACGACAGCAGGCGGAAGCCGAGAGGGCGAUAGAGGAGGCCGCGCAGACGUUACGCGAGGAGAUAGAGAGACAAAAACACUCUUCCUUACACUGGCUGAAUUCCUUGUGCGGGGAGGAAUUUGAGAAGCUGGCAGGUGCUCAGAAACGCACCGAACAGGAUUUUGCUCAACUCGCGAGCGCGCUAAACCUCGUCAUUAGUUUUGGCAAGACCGCUAACAGCUCCAGCCAAAACCCCAUGUCGCUGUUGUCAGCCGUGAAGGCACUUUCCCAAGCCGUGCAGGGUGUGGAUGUCAGACUUUCCCACACUAUAAUCAACGUGAAAUUCGUGCCCUCCAAGACAGGCGCAAACAUCGGGAACGUGGCUUUUACCACUGGGGAGAGAUUCCGACUGAAACAACACCACAACAACUUACUGCCAGGCUCUCAUGACAACAACAAUGCAAUUCUUCCUGUAGAAUCAUCAACGGGCUCAGAGCCCAUGCUUAUGGACCAGUAUGAUCAUGAUUACGACACCCCCGCUACACCCAACACGCCACUCGUACCUCCCACACCGCCGGCACACCGGAAAGUUCAAGUUGGCGACGGUUAUGGGAGCGAGACGGGACAGUUCAAGAACCCGUUCGCCCUGGCAGUCUCCAGUCACUACCUCUACGUUGCAGACAGGGCGAACGGCGGAAGGGUUCAAAUAUUUGACUUCUGUGGAAACCUGGUGCGCUCUUUUCUUCUCAUGUUAGGGAAGGGGUUGGAAGCCUUAACUGGCGGGAUUGUCUUGAUGCCGAAUGGCACGAUAAAGUACCUCGGUGGCGGACAUGAGACCAUGAUAUGCGACCGCGCAGGGCGAGCGGUAGGCCGGGCCUGCUACCCUGUUAUGACCGCAUACAACCCUAACGGCAAGUGCAUCAGCCGAACAAAACUCCAGAUUCGGCAAGGGCAUCUCGUGGAUGCGGUCGCCCUUCCUAACGGUAAUAUCGCAGUGGUGGCUAUCACGGGUUUGUGGGAGCGGGCGGACUGCAUUCUACUCUCUGAGAGGGGACAGAAACUGUGCGAAGUCCACAGUAGCCAGACUUCAGUGGGAAACUGCGUGUCCCUGUCCGUCAACCCGAACUCGGGUGACAUUCUCGUCUGCGAUCCAAGACAAGGGGAGCGAGAUCGAGUGACACUCUUCAAUUCACAAGGCCGACCAAAGUCAACACCGCUGCAGCAGCUGGGCCAUACAGGUACAACAACCAACGGUAUAUCAGUGGAUACCUAUGGAUACAUUAUCUCAUCGACAAAAAACGCGAGGUUGCAACUUUACGAUCCGAAUGGUGCUUAUAUUAAGGACGUUGCCUCCGGCAAGGAUGGCCUAAAGCGACCGUCCAAAGUGGCCGCGACCAGAGACAGGAGAGUGGCCGUUAUAGACGAAGGAGCCGUCUGUGUGUUUAUGUUUAGCUACUACUAGUACUAGCCCGUUUGGGGAUAAACAAUCUUGAAGUAGCUCGUCCAGACAGUUGCGAUACAGUUUCCAUGUUUACUUUUACCUUACAUUUUACAUACAACAUCGAGUUUUGAGUUCGACAAGCUUGUC